UUGCUCAAAAACAAAACUGACCCUUGGCCAGUCACGUGAUCCACAUGCUUAGAAAGACAAAAAGCAAGAUUAUUUGUCUCUGCUCAACUGGUUGCUCCACAAAAACGACAACAUGAAGUUUUUUAACCUUUUUGGGCGACUGAAAUCUGUGGUUAUUGGAAUGAUUCAUGUUAAAGCUUUACCAGGCACCCCCCUGGGCUGUAUGAAAAUGUCCCGAAUCACAGAAGAAGCCUGCAGGGAGGCAGAAAUCUACCGUGAUGCAGGGAUUGAUGCUGUGGUCAUCGAGAACAUGCAUGACAUCCCUUACUCGUUCUCUGUGGGCCCUGAGGUGACGGCCUGUCUGACCGCAGUGUGCUCGGCUGUGAGGAACAUCUGUCCACAGCUGCCGCUCGGAGUGCAAAUACUGUCCUCUGCAAACCAGCAGGCCCUGGCAGUCGCCCUGGCUUCAGGUCUGGACUUCAUCAGGGCCGAGGGUUUCGUCUUUUCCCACGUGGCUGAUGAAGGACUCCUGAACGCCUGCGCCGGGGACUUACUGAGGUACCGCAAACAGAUCGGAGCUGAGCAUGUGCAGAUCUUUACCGACAUCAAGAAGAAGCACAGCUCCCAUGCCCUGACCUCAGACGUGAGCAUUGAACAGACGGCACAUGCAGCAGAGUUCUUCCUCUCAGACGGACUCAUCAUCACAGGAGCAGCUACAGGACAGCAGGCUGACCCGCGGGAGCUCAGAGAGGUUUCCAAGUCUGUGAGGAUCCCAGUGCUGAUUGGUUCUGGGGUAACCUAUGACAACAUUGAAAGCUACAUUGGUGCAAAUGGGAUGAUCAUCGGUUCUCAUUUCAAGGAGGGGGGCCACUGGGCCAACGCUGUCGACCCGGAGCGAGUGAAGAGGUUCAUGGGAAAGAUACGUGAGCUUCGACAAUAACAGAAGGUGUUUGUCUUGUGUCUGCUGCCACAUUAAAGACCUUCAGACAC